GGAGCACUGUUUUGAAGAAUGUCUGGAAGUUUCUACUUCGUGAUAGUUGGUCAUCAUGAUAAUCCCGUAUUUGAAAUGGAAUUUCUGCCUCCUGGAAAAGUAGAGUCCAAGGAUGAUCAUCGCCAUCUCAACCAGUUCAUUGCCCAUGCUGCUCUUGACCUAGUAGAUGAGAACAUGUGGCUUUCUAACAACAUGUAUUUGAAGACUGUGGACAAGUUUAACGAAUGGUUUGUUUCUGCCUUUGUCACAGCUGGACAUAUGAGAUUUAUAAUGCUUCAUGAUGUAAGGCAGGAAGACGGAAUUAAGAACUUCUUUAAUGAUGUAUAUGAGUUGUAUAUAAAGUUUGCAAUGAAUCCAUUUUAUGAACUCAAUUCUCCUAUUCGAUCCAGUGCCUUUGAAAGGAAAGUCCAGUUCCUUGGGAAGAAACACCUUUUAAGCUGAAUGAAUUUCCCGAGUGAGUGAUUUUUCCAUGCUUUCCUGAUUGUUUGAACUGUAGUUCUUCUGGUUAGUUCUCUGCAUGCUUGGUACUCAUCUUCUGAAGACUGACAAAUUGGAUGCUGAAGCAGCUUUUUCUGUCUGCCAAUAUAUAUAAGAGCAACCAAGCUUCUCUGGUUAAAAUGUGUAUCUUAAGAAGUUUCCCUUUAUGUGGUAUGAAAACAAAGUUUAAAAAUGUCAGGGGCUGCACAGGUACUAAGUGAUACAUUUGGGUGUCAAUGUGUAUGCAAAGUGUAAACCUCUUACUCAGGGUGGGAGGAAAUCAGAGCUAAACAGAAAAGGCAUCUCCAGUUAUCUGAUUUAAGAUGAGCAAAAGGGACUUCUUGACUGUUUGGCCCAAGUGGUUAAUUUUGUUAUAAACUUUCCUGCUUACAUUCCUUUGCUAGAGAGCUCCCUCUGCAGACUAACCAGAUUAACCUUACACUUUGUGGUAGGAAAUCAGGUCCCUAUUUAUAUUGUAAUAGUAUGUAUAUAUAAAGUGCUCAAUAAAGUGUAUAGAUCAGAAAA